GUUCUCCCUCUGUUCCAAGGUGAAGGGGAGACCGAGGGCAGCAGCAGGGGACUGGGGAGCAAUCCGUGGGCUUUAAGCGCCCUCCAGUGGUGCCUCCCGAGGGAGAGGGAGAGACAGACAGCGAGGCAGAAAGACAGAACCAGGGAGACAGGGACCGCGCAGGGAGAGAACAGGAUGCGAGCGAGGAAAGACCGAAGGCGCCGGCGGAGGGACGCGGUCUGAGAGCGAGGGGAGAGCGAGGCGGGGCCGCGCGGGCGACUUGACAGCGCGUCCCCGACCCGGGACGGGGCUCGCCCGCAGCCCGCGGGAUCAGCCGCCACUAGAGGGCACCUGGCGGGAGCGGCGGCCCACCCGGCGCCCCGGGGCCCCACGCCCCUCCCGGCCGCGGGCCCAGCCCCGGGCGCAGAGCCCCCUCCCGGGCGGGCCCGCUCGCCGCGCUCCCCGCCUCCGGCUGGCGCGCUGCCCGGCCCCGAGGGGGCCGAGCUCCCGGCGAAAACCCGCCCUCCAGCGAGCUCAUUUCCCUAAAAAGGGGGGAGGAGGGAGCAACGAGCGAGCGAGCGAAGGAAAGAGAAAAAGCUGGGAAGGGAGCGGAGCGGGCAGCGGGCGCUGGGCGAGGGCCGGGGAGCCGGCCGGAGAGGGGGCGGGAGACAGGAAGGAGGGAGCUGCGCAGGGAAGGGGAAGAGGUGGGGAGGGCGAGGGGGAGCGCGGGAGGGAGCACGGCCCUCCCCUCGCCGCCAGUCCUCCUUCCCCCGCGCCCGCUCCCGCGUCCGGGCGCGACCCGCCGCCGCCGCGCCCGCCAGCAUGCCCGGCGUGGCCCGCCUGCCGCUGCUGCUCUGGCUGCUGCUGCUCCCGCGCCCGGGCCGGCCGCUGGACCUGGCCGACUACACCUAUGACCUGGGGGACGAGGACGACUCGGAGUCUCUCAGCUACAAAGACCCCUGCAAGGCGGCUGCCUUCCUUGGGGACAUUGCUCUGGAUGAGGAGGACUUGAGGGCCUUCCACGUGCAGCAGGCUGCGCAUCUCAGACAGCAUGCAAUCCACAGGUCUUCCAUCCAAGCUGCAGGAAAUUCCUCUACUGCCAGCGGCCAGAGCACUACUGGGCAGCCUCUGAGGACAAGCCGUGGGAGACGGAGAAGCAGGCCCCGGAGCCGGCGGGCAGCGACAUCCAGACCAGAGCGUGUGUGGCCUGAUGGGGUCAUCCCCUUUGUCAUUGGGGGAAACUUCACUGGCAGCCAGCGGGCAGUCUUCCGGCAGGCCAUGAGGCACUGGGAGAAGCACACCUGUGUCACCUUCCUGGAACGCACUGAUGAGGACAGCUAUAUCGUGUUCACCUACCGGCCCUGCGGGUGCUGCUCUUACGUGGGUCGCCGUGGCGGGGGCCCGCAGGCCAUCUCCAUCGGCAAGAAUUGUGACAAGUUUGGCAUCGUGGUCCAUGAACUGGGCCAUGUCAUCGGCUUCUGGCAUGAGCACACGCGGCCUGACCGGGACCGCCAUGUAUCCAUCGUGCGUGAGAACAUACAGCCAGGGCAGGAGUAUAACUUCCUGAAGAUGGAGCUCCAGGAGGUGGAGUCCCUGGGGGAGACCUAUGAUUUUGACAGUAUCAUGCACUAUGCCCGGAACACCUUCUCCAGGGGCAUCUUCCUGGACACCAUUGUUCCUAAGUACGAGGUCAAUGGGGUGAAACCUCCCAUCGGCCAAAGAACCCGGCUCAGCAAGGGGGACAUCGCCCAGGCCCGCAAGCUCUACAAGUGCCCAGCCUGUGGAGAGACCCUGCAGGACAGCACUGGCAACUUCUCCUCCCCGGAGUACCCCAACGGCUACUCUGCGCACAUGCACUGCGUCUGGCGGAUCUCAGUCACCCCUGGGGAGAAGAUUAUUCUGAACUUCACGUCCAUGGACCUGUACCGCAGCCGCCUGUGCUGGUACGACUAUGUGGAGGUUCGAGAUGGCUUCUGGAGGAAGGCGCCCCUCCGAGGCCGCUUCUGUGGGGCCAAACUCCCCGAGCCGAUCGUCUCCACUGACAGCCGCCUCUGGGUUGAAUUCCGCAGCAGCAGCAACUGGGUUGGGAAGGGCUUCUUUGCGGUCUAUGAAGCCAUCUGUGGGGGAGACGUCAAAAAAGAUAACGGGCACAUCCAGUCGCCCAAUUACCCAGAUGACUACCGGCCCAGCAAAGUCUGCAUCUGGCGGAUCCAGGUGUCCGAGGGCUUCCACGUGGGCCUCACCUUCCAGUCCUUCGAGAUUGAGAGGCAUGACAGCUGUGCCUAUGACUACCUGGAGGUGCGUGACGGGCACAGUGAGACCAGCACCCUCAUCGGGCGCUACUGUGGCUACGAGAAGCCGGAUGACAUCAAGAGCACAUCCAGCCGCCUCUGGCUCAAGUUCGUCUCUGACGGGUCCAUUAACAAAGCUGGCUUUGCUGUUAACUUUUUCAAAGAGGUGGACGAGUGCUCGCGGCCCAACCGUGGUGGCUGUGAGCAGCGGUGCCUCAACACCCUGGGCAGCUACAAGUGCAGCUGUGACCCUGGGUAUGAGCUGGCCCCCGACAAGCGCCGCUGUGAGGCUGCCUGUGGCGGAUUCCUCACCAAGCUCAAUGGCUCCAUCACCAGCCCGGGCUGGCCCAAGGAGUACCCCCCCAACAAAAACUGCAUCUGGCAGUUGGUGGCCCCCACCCAGUACCGCAUCUCCCUGCAGUUCGACUUCUUUGAGACCGAGGGCAAUGACGUGUGCAAGUACGACUUCGUGGAGGUGCGCAGCGGACUCACAGCCGACUCCAAGCUGCAUGGCAAGUUCUGUGGCUCUGAGAAGCCCGAGGUCAUCACCUCCCAGUACAACAACAUGCGUGUAGAGUUCAAGUCUGACAACACAGUGUCUAAAAAGGGCUUCAAGGCCCACUUCUUCUCAGACAAGGACGAAUGCUCCAAGGACAACGGUGGCUGCCAGCAAGACUGUGUCAACACCUUCGGCAGCUAUGAGUGCCAGUGUCGCAGCGGCUUCGUCCUCCAUGACAACAAGCAUGACUGCAAGGAAGCCGGCUGUGACCACAAAGUGACAUCCACCAGUGGCACCAUCACCAGCCCCAACUGGCCUGACAAAUACCCCAGCAAGAAGGAGUGCACCUGGGCUGUCUCCAGCACCCCGGGGCACCGGGUCAAGCUGACCUUUGUGGAGAUGGACAUCGAGUCCCAGCCUGAAUGCGCCUAUGACCACCUGGAAGUAUAUGAUGGGCGUGACACCAAGGCCCCCGUCCUGGGCCGCUUCUGUGGGAGCAAGAAGCCCGAGCCCGUCCUGGCCACAGGCAGCCGCAUGUUCCUGCGCUUCUACUCCGAUAGCUCUGUCCAGAGGAAGGGCUUCCAGGCAUCCCACUCCACAGAGUGUGGAGGCCAGGUGCGGGCAGAGGUGAAGACCAAGGAUCUUUACUCCCACGCCCAGUUCGGUGAUAACAACUACCCCGGGGGAGCGGACUGUGAGUGGGUCAUCGUGGCGGAGGAAGGCUACGGUGUGGAGCUGGUAUUCCAGACUUUUGAGGUGGAGGAGGAGACAGACUGUGGCUACGACUACAUGGAGCUCUUCGAUGGCUAUGACAGCACAGCCCCCAGGCUGGGGCGCUACUGCGGUUCAGGGCCUCCCGAGGAGGUGUACUCAGCCGGAGAUUCCGUCCUGGUGAAAUUCCACUCAGAUGACACCAUCACCAAGAAAGGCUUCCACCUGCGGUACACCAGCACCAAGUUCCAGGACACGCUGCACAGCAGGAAGUGAGCGCUGCCCUCACACUGGGCAGGCGGGAGCUGCUGCCCUUAGCCACCGGGACCUGACAGCGGGGGUGCGGGAGCAGGCAGAAGGUGGGCACCCUGAUCCCUGCUGCCCCCAUCCUCCCCAGUGCCGGCCUGCAGGGCUGGUGGUCCAGGUGAGGCUGUCCUCAGGAGGCAGGGGACUGGACUUCCUCCUGAGCCACUUCCCUGGCCUCCCUUGCCCCCACCACAGCGAGGGGCAGAGCUGCAACACCAGAGCUUUCACUGAAACACUUGAAGUGGCCAUUCCUCCCUGGGAGCCUGGUCCAGGUGGGUUGGUGGGGAGGGGGUCUGUCAGCAGGACCCGCUCACCUGCCCUGGCCCUUGUUAAGCGCUGCAUUGUGUAUAGCCGGUGGCAUAUCUUCAUUGUAAUGUGCAUUUUCCGCCCCUUCUCCAACCUCAGUUUGGUUUUAAGACCCCACUUCCCUGUUUCCUGGGGUAUGAGUGUCCAUCCAUGUCCCAAAGGAGCCGCAGUGGGGAGAUGAAGGGAAGGGGGUGGGGAAACAAGACAGGGCUUCUCGCAGGCCCAGUGGCUGGUCAGCCGCACCAGUGUACCCCAGCCAAUAAACUGAAAGUGUUACAGCCAGUAUCCUGUGCCAGAUGCUGUCUGGGACAUGGGGGAAAGGGGGUGUCUCAUUCCAGAUGCGCAGGCUUACUAUGUCGACAGACAGCCCACAGCCAGGACACCUGGCCUCACUGGCUGCCCUUCCUUCCCUCCAUUCCAGGACCUCUGAGGGUGUGAUUUCUACAAACACAGGCACCUCACAUAGUAUAGCCUGCAGGCUCCCUACAUGUACACACUGCUCACAGCCCUUCACACACAACGGGAGGGGUGGAACAUUCUGUGAAGAGGCUGUUUGGUGGGGAGAAAGGAGGUCUGUAAAAGGGGAUAGGGAUGUGUCUAUCCAUCCAGUGUCUGUCCAGUGUUCUGACUUUGUGUCUGGCCAAGAGGCAGGUGAGCUGCGGGGGGACCCAGCAAGGGAAACUCAUCAGGAGCCAGAAAACUGGCAUCAGCCAGCACAGAUUCAGUAACUGGCCUCUAGCGCCUGCCUUCCUAAAGGUCAGACACCAAGUGCUGGCCCCGGUGGGUCCUUCUCUUCUCAUGGAGACAAGUGUCAGACACUCAUCAGUCUGUGAGCAAACAUUCCAGCUCUGGGCCCCUCUCCCAAGGCCAGCCAAGGCUGGGUCUUGCCUGGCCUCCUCCCCACUCACCAGCCAGCAGUGAGGCACAGACCUGUCCCCAUCUCCGGGGGGCCAGGCAGAGAGAAACCACAUCCCCGCUCCUUCCCUUCAAAGGAGCCUCUUUCCCCUUUCUCUAUGUGGAUCUAACAGGGAGAGAAAGCCAAGAAGGGACCCAGGUGCUUAUGCCUAGGCUGGCUGCUCCUAGAUUCAGAGAGAGUGGGGCUGCCAGCUCCAAGCCCCGGGACUCCCUGAGAGCCUUCAGUGGGACUGGAGGGCUAUUACUGGCUCCGAGUUCCUUCCUCACAGGGACAGAUGUGUCCCCAGGGAGCAGUGCGGCAUGGUGUACCCCAUAUUGGCCCUUUAUGCAGAAAGUAGUAAUAGAAACCAGACACACUGCUAGUAUCUGAUGUGCAUGCAGGACCCUCUCGUAGGAAGGCAGCCUGCUCCAACAGUAAUCGCAGGAGAGGCC